CACUGGGAGCACUGGGGAGUUAGUGGGUGGUUACUGGGAGCAUUGGGAGGUCACUGGUUGGUUACUGGGAGCACUGGUCCCUCACUGGUCCCUCACUGGUCCCUCACUGGUCCCUACUGGUCCCUCACUGGUCCCUCACUGGUCCCAUACUGGUCCCUCACUGGUCCCUCACUGGUCCCUCACUGGUCCCUCACUGGUCCCUCACUGGUCCCUUACUGGUCCCUUACUGGUUUCUCACCGGUUGCAGGCGCGGCCCCCCCCCGCCCCUCCCCCCCCGAUGCCGCCCCCGGAGGCGCCGCCCGCGCCCAGCGUGACCGUGCUGGUGGCCGUGGGGGGGUCCCGCGUGCUGCGCUACAGCCGCCCCCCCCCGCCGCCCCCCGGGCCGAGCCCCCCCCCGGGCCGGGGGCCGCCUGGAGCCCCCCGGGAGCGGCCCCGCGAGCGCGACCCCCCCCUGCUGCUGCUGCGGGGACUGGGCCCCAGGGCCCCCCCUGAGCCCGUGGCCGCCACCAGCUUCGUGGGGCCUGAGCCCCGGGACCUGCUGCCCGCCGAUCCGUCCCUGGGCAGCCCCAGCAGCGCCGGGGGGGGGCGGGGCCACGGCCUGGGAUGGGCACAGGAACAGGCCCCGUUCUGGGUGCAGCUGCCGCGGGGCCCGGGCGGGUUCGGGCUCAGCCUCCGGGCCGGCCCCGCCGGGGUUUUCGUGCGGGGGCUGCGCGAGGGGGGCCCGGCCCAGCGCUGCGGCUGCAUCCAGGUCAGUGACGAGCUCCUGGCCAUCGACGGGGCCCCCACGGCCGGCAUGAGCCCCGCGCAGGCGCUGGCCCGGAUCCGGGGUGGGGGCAGCCGCCUGCGCCUGCUGCUGCUCCGCCCCCACGGGGCGCCCCCAGCCCCGCUGGCGCGGGGGGUGCUGCGGCUGCGCGUGGGCCGCUCCCCGCGGGGGGAGCCCUGCUUCUGCCUCGUGGGGGGGCUGCACCCCUGACCCCCCCCCCAACGCUGCCCCGGACCCCCGCACACGGAAGGUGACGUCACAGCCCCCCCGCACCCCAUUUUUUGGUGCUUUGGGGGGGAUUCCCCCCACCCCCAGCCCGGGGGGGGCGUUUCGGUGCCGCUGGUUUUGGCGGGGGCGCCCUUCAAGCUAUGCAAUGCCCCCCCCCCCCCCCCCCGCGUCCUGGGGGUCGCACGGAGGUGUUCUCCCCCUCCCCAUUUUUGGGGUGUUCAAUAAAGAUGGGGACCCCCCCCC